AUGACAAAACUAGAAAGCUAUCCCAUCGCAAUCAUUGGUGGAGGACCCGUCGGUCUAGUAUCCUCCGUUCUCCUCUCUCAGCAAAAGAUCCCACAUAUCUUGUUCGAGCGUUACCCCUCGACUUCAAUUCACCCAAAAGCAUGUGGCAUGAACAUGCGAACAGUUGAGAUAUUUCGCCAGAUAGGAAUCGAAAAAGAGGUGUUGGAACAACGUGCACCACCAGAAACAGCCAGCCGCACUACCUGGCGUACAAACCUCGGGCCAACAGGCCAAGCAAUCAUUGGACGUGAUGCUUGGGGGGAGGAGCCUACCAGAGAGAAUAUAAGGAGGCAAGCCCAUGCCCAUACGUUAUUGGAGCCAAUUAUUCAAAGAAAGGCUAUUGAACUCAAUCCACAGGGAAUUAGAUAUGGAGUGGAAGUCACAGAUGUCAAAGAAGAUGGUGAUCGUGUAAUCUUGACAACUCGCGACAACAAUGGAUCUGGUGUUUACCAGGUUGAAGCUCGUUAUGUCAUUGGAGCUGACGGAGGUCGUGGCCUCACUGACCAGCUCGGUAUCAAGUGGGAAGGAGAAAGGGAUAUUAUCGAUAUGGUCUCUGCCCAUAUCGUAGCACCUUUGAGUGCCCACCAUCCCGAUCCCAGGAAUUUCAUCACCUGGUUCAUCGACCCUUUGAAAGGUGGUAGUAUCCGAACAGGGUAUCUUUAUCACCUCGGUCCAUACCCUGCAACUACGACGACGGAAGAAUGGCUCUUUGCUUGUGCUGUCAAUCCUGAGAAUGUUCAGUACUUCAAGACCGAGGAUAUGAUUGAGCGGAUCCAUGAUACCCUUCAGAUCCCCAAUCUGGACAAUGAUCUUAAAAGUAUAUCCCACUGGCGCGUCAACAGUCUCGUCGCAGAAAGAUAUCGGAGUGAACAGGGUUGCAUCUUCCUUGUUGGCGAUGCCGCGCACCGGAUUCCACCCUGGGGAGCUCUAGGGCUGAAUACAGGAAUCCAAGACGCGCACAAUUUAGUUUGGAAACUCAGUGUAGCAAUCCGCAGUGAUCAGCUAGGUCGUUAUAAUGCGCUACUUGAUACAUAUGAGGCGGAACGCCGCCCCAUCGGACUCCGAGUUGCAAAAACCAGUCUGCAUAACCUCCAAUCCCAUGCCUUAAUUAUGGACAGUGCACUAGGUAUAUCCCCCGAGAAUGAUACCGCUUCAAACGUGAAAGCAAUGGAAGAGUACUUCACACCAGACUCAACAGAAGGCUAA